AUGGAGAGAUUUCUCACAAGAACAACCAAGACUAAAGUUAGUCGAACUAUUGAAAUUAGUUUAGCCAAACCAAAUAUUGUGAAGACUAAUAAAAAUUCAGAUGAUGAAGAUGAUCCGUCACCAGUGGCAAAGAAGAAAUCUAAAAUGGAUAAUAAAUCAACCCAUCCAUUGAUUUCAGAAGAUGAUCAAAACUUAAAUCAGAUGUGCGACACUAUUAACUGCAUUACUAAAAUGUCAGUACCUUGGCCAUCAGAUUGGUCUUAUGAUCAAUGGGUUGAAAAAAAGAAUAAAUACCUUUGGCUUAUAUGCAGUGAUGGAAAAAUUGGUUGUGAAUAUUGUAAGUCAGUAGAUACAUUAAAAACAUUUAAAAGUAAAGGUGUUGAAAUAUCAAAUGAAUGGUGCUUAACAAAGAUUGAUGGUGGUUCAAAUACAGUUAAAUCAACCAGAUUGACUAAUUUACGGCACAAAAUUUUAAAACAUAAAAAGUCUAAAGCACAUAUAGAAACUGAAAAAAUUUCGCAACAAAAAUCUUCUAACUUAUUAAAUAAAACUUUUCAAACUGGCCAAUCUAAUUUCUAUGAAACAACACAAAAAAAUUUUCGAACAGCUUACUAUAUUGCCAAGUAUAAUAGACCUAAUGAUGACCAUUCAAAGUUAAUUGAAUUACAGCAUCUCAAUGGACUUAACCUUGGUACUACAUUGCAUUCUAGGUACUCUAGUUAAAAGAUUAUUUCACAUAUUGCAGAUAAAAUGAAAACUAAAAUAGUUCAAAAUAUUAUGGCAACUGCAUCUAAAAUUUCUAUUCUUAUAGAUGAAUCCACUACUG